AUGACGAAACCUUAUAAGCUUCCUCCGACGACUGUCUCUACUGGAGCUACUUUACUCGGGCGGGCAGAAGCUUCAGUCAGUCUACUGCAACAAUGGCGUGACGAAACGCCGACAGAAGCCUUCUCAGCCUCAAUCAAGGACAGCCUUGGAAAGCUUGAAUAUGCUUUGGAUAAAUUACCCAAUUCACUGAGGUUACCUAAGUCUAACAGAUCAAGACUGAAUUCUGUUGGCGUAGCGCUGUGGAACGAUUGUCGGGCACGAGUCCAGGGAGCCCACUCGGACGACGAUGACACAAUGAAAAUCGCUUGCAGGGUGCUUGCUGCUGCGGCUACAUUGCUCGAUAUUUCUUCGUCGUUCACUCGUUGUGACCGCGGACAGUUCAAAGGCGCACUUCGAGCUUCGAGAUCUUUGGCUAAGCGACUGGACACUAUCGAACAACUUGGUCCGACUCUUCACAAAAGUCAAAGGGAUUCAAUCACAGCAGACUAUCACAUGCUUCGAGCGCAUUUGGCUUGGAAACAAGGCCAGAUUGACAUUGCUGAUCACUUCAUCACCAAGAUCUCACCAGAGGACAUUGGAAGGGAUCGAAGCAAUAUGCUAGCUGAUCACCUCUCCAUUGGACGAAUUUCGCUUGAAGCUGGGAAUGUUGAGACCGCAAUCAAAUGGCUUGAACUUGCACUCUGGCACCUGUCAAAACAGCUGGAUGCCGAGGAUUUGACUUCUUCAGGUCUCGAAUUGCAUAUUCGCCACACGCUUGCGUGGGCCUACUUGCGCAACCUAAGUCAAGACACAUGCCACAAGCUCAGAUGCCAAAUUGCCGUACUGAAAGCAAAAUUCGAAUUCUCAUCUGCAGUGCAGCUGUUGGAACUGGAAUUUAUUCGUCGCAGGGUAGUAAAGGUCCAAUCAAUAAGUUUAGCGGAUAUCGCCGAGUAUGCGCGAGUCAGCGGGCUUUUACUAGGCUCUUCAGAAAGCUACUCCCGCAAGGCUGACUACCUAAUUCCGCUGACGUGGCUCGCAACGGAAAUGGAGGAUCAAAAGCCCAUGGCCGGAGAGAACGUCCUCAACUUGGCCGGCGCAGCUCUGACUAUGAUGGCUGAUAUCUCACUAAAUCGAUUGUUCAAGGUUCAAAAGCUCGCCCGACAACGAUUUGAGUCCAUGAGAGCGGAAAGUCACGAAGGCGCCAAUUUGGAAGACAAUGAGAUUCAGCUUUGGGAACCAGUCAAAUCACAGAUCGACUACGUGGCCUAUCAACUUCUGUUUCUUGAGGUCAGUAUACGUACUCAGAUUAUUGAGUCGCUCGGGGCCGUUGAACUUCAGCAUGAGCAUCACAAAAAGGUUCUCAAAGCUAUUCAGUCAAUUCGUCAGUUAUCGCGAAGGGACUGUACCUGGUACUUGAUUGAUGAUGAUGCUUCAAGCAAGCUCUGCAUAAAUGAAUUCCAAGCCUCGGUUGCCUUGAAGGAAUGGAACAAUCUACCUGCGAUGCUGAACGAGAAUGAACGCUACCUCGAUGUGGCGCUUUUCACACAACUCGCAAAUUGUGUUCUUCGAUCCGACAUGCCUGACACAGUACUGGCGAGUACUCUUCAUCAACUUCUCACAUUGGGAAGGAAGUGCUUGAUGACAACCUACGACUACGCCGAGGGACUUCCUAAGUGGUUGAGACCUUUAUUUCAACAUGCACUAGCUGCUGCCAAAUCAGAAACUCCCGCACAGCGUGAUGAAGUGGAUGCGCGAUCUUCCUCAGACUUUCACAAAAUGGCCGAAUUCGCGAUUGAUGAGAUGCUCACUGUAUCGGUCACCAAUGCUUCUGAAGCUGAUAGCCUACAGCAACAGCCAAGAAUGCAUUCCUUUGAAUCCCCAGAAGCUCCCUCCCACCGAGCGAUCAGACCAAAAUCGCAUCUAGUCAAGCAGCUUGAAUACCUUGCAACCUGCACCUUCAACCAGGCAAUGGAUUUCUACUCAGCGGAGGAUGACGAAGCCUGUAUGCGUUGGGCUGAAAAGGCCGGGCAAUUGGCAAAGCGCAUGGGCACCCCACAGGGCGAUCAUCUGAAGUGCUUGUUUGAAGAGCGACUGAAGAUUUUGUUACAGACCUAG